AUGGAGUUGACUUUCUUGGUUAGUCGUGAUGGGAGGAAUCUCAAGCGGAGACAGUCACGGGGCGCGUGCGCCUGCUGUCGCCGAAGAAAGAAACGAUGUUUCCACAACGACUCCAAAUUGCAAGCACCCAUACAGAACCAACUUCUGAAUGUGUCUGACACUGUGGAUGACCCGGGUGUCACCCGAGACGGUGUAGGCCACCAUCUGGCAACAACAGGCACAGCUACAGUACCGCGGGACGAACCACAGCACACUCCUUUAAUUGAAGAAGCUGAUGAGCAAAUUUCCAAUCACACAGGAAGUCCUGAUGUACCUGACUCCGCAGCAACUGAAGACGAAGGCAUAGAAGAUUCAAGUUCGCGUCAGUUCGCGUGCGACUCGAAUCCUGUUGUGAAUCUUCUGGGAGAGGAAGGGUCAAGAUUGGAAAGAGGCCGAUCUCGCAGAAGAGACGUCGGAGGAUGGUUUCGGUAUGAGGACCUCAAUUCACGGCGAGGAGAGCCCGGGGACUCUUAUGAGCCGACACAGAGUCAGUCACCAGGGUUGAGGAAUGUCGGUCUAGUGCCACCAAAAGAUGAUCAAGAGGCAUUGAUGGACAUUUACUUUCGUCGUAUACAUCCCAUUUUGCCAUUUCUAGAUGAGAAAGCUAUACGCGCUCAAUUCGAAACAGAUGCACUGUCUCCCCGCCUCAUUCAGUCGAUCUGUCUUGUUGCAUCAAAGGACCGAAGUGCAGCAUCUCUACUACGUCUCGGUCAAGAUCUAGCCGUUCUCACAGUCGAAAAAUUCAGCAACAUUCUUUAUCAAGAUAUUACACAGAGCAUGACGAGAAAGGUUGAAAGAAAAAAGGUGACGGCCAUACAGAUUCUAACCUUGUUAUCCCUCCAUGAAUGGAGACCUACUGGAUUUGAAGAUUGCUCUUUGCACCUGAUGCAAGCCAUCCACCAUGCUCAGACAAUAGGCCUGCACUUAUUAAGGCCUGACGACCAGCAGUCUUCACUUUCACUAAAAGCUCUAUUUUGGUGUCUGUGGAGCCUAGACAGAUGGAAUGCUGCAAUGAAUGGAAGACCGGUGAUGAUUCACGAUCCAGACAUAGGGCAGAGAGUGGAUGACGUUCUUCCUCUAUUUGAUCCACCAUUUCGCUCAUGGCUUCGUCUUGCUGACAGGCUCAACGUGGUUAUUCGAUUCUAUCGACCAAUUAUGGAUGGGCCUGAAGAACAGGAGCUUGAUAUACCAAGCUUCGAGGAAUUGGUUGAUAGCUCCAACGCGUGGGACACUCCCCAAGAUUUUCUCGAAACCCUAGAAAUUCUGAACCACGGAGUUAUAAUUCUUUCAACAUACUCGAAAAGAUUGCAAGGUCGCUCACGACCGAGGAUGGCCACCAUCCGUCAAAGCCAUUCAAUCUUCACUAUUGCAUCACUCCUCCGCAAUCGAAAUAUGCACGACUGCCUUCCUGUGCCUAUGGUAGCCUAUGUCUUAUCGCUUACCUUUUCGAUCACAUAUGGACAGAUGAAAGAAGAAAACUUACCUAGUGCGCGGCAAAUAGCGAAAGAGCACCUUCACUUGUUUCAUCAAUGUCUCAAAUCAUUAGGCUCAACGUGGUGGUCAGCUUCUAUAAUAACCCGCUUGGGAAAUCGUGUAUUGAAUGACACCCAGCAUGCAAGUAAAUUGGGGCGAUCUGUUGAUCAAACACAGUUGAACCCUCGGGACAUGUCAACACGUUCGACCUCUUCUCAAACUACCUCAAAUGUGCAUCAUCGGUCGCACUCCAGCAUCGGUCCUCCGCGAGCUUUGAAAGAGCGCGGAGGGACAUGCAUAGAUGUCUACUCAGACGAUCGCCGCCAACUUGAAUCAGAUCUUUCGACCAAUAUGUACGAUCCUUUUGACAGCAUCGACAUGAUGGGCAGCAACAUCGAGGAUUUUGAUGCUUUCUUCAAUGAUUUUCCCGAUAUCAACGUUCUCAGGUCAGUCGGCGAUCAAUCAUUCUUGGAUUUUGAGAUGCUCGACUCCUGA